GUCCCGUCCGAGAGCCUUUUGUCUUCCCUCGGUGCGAGGGGCCGGCCAUUGGUUCCGCCGGCCAUGGCCUUCCGUAAAGCGUUCCAGGUGGCGGCCUGCGGUCUCGCCGGCACCGCCGCCUUGGUGGUGGCUGCGGCCGCCUCACAGCGGCGUGGUGACAGCAGCGUGAAGGCGGCGACCGUCAGCUGGAGUCCUGCCACCGGAGGCUGGGACUCCAACUGGGACAAACGUGAGCCUAUUUCUCUUAUUAAACCAAACCAGAGAAAUAAAGAGACGUCUGAGGACUUCACCGCACAGCUAGAAAACUACAAGGUCAAAGCCACAAGGCACAUCUUCCUCAUCAGACAUUCCCAGUACGAACUGUCGGCCUCAACAGACAAGGACAGAGUCCUGACAUCACUGGGUCGCGAACAAGCCGAACUGACGGGCCAGCGGCUGGCGAGUCUGGGAUUGAACUACGACAUCUUGAUUCACUCCAGUAUGACCAGGGCUAAAGAGACAGCGGCGAUUAUUCGUAAACAUUUACCAGGUGUGGAAACGAUGAGCUGUGACUUACUGAGAGAGGGUGCGCCGAUUGAACCCGACCCACCUGUCAGCCACUGGAAGCCGGAGGCGAUGCAGUAUCAUGAAGAUGGUGCGAGGAUUGAAGCUGCCUUCCGUCGCUAUAUCCACAGAGCUGACUUGAAGCAACAGAACGACAGUUAUGAGAUCAUUGUCUGUCACGCAAAUGUAAUCCGCUAUUUCGUUUGCAGAGCGUUGCAGUUCCCUCCGGAGGGGUGGCUGAGAAUGUGUCUGAACAACGGCAGCAUCACCUGGCUCACCAUUCGGCCGAACGGAAGGGUGGCACUUCGAACGUUGGGGGAUACGGGUUUCAUGCCUCCCGACAAACUAACCCGUUAAAAGAAACUGUUGGGGGGAGGGGGAAACAUGCAUGCUUCACAGUGCAGAAUAUUUACCUCGUACUUGAAAUGAUGUCUGUGGCUGUUCUGUCGACUUGCAGCAAUAUUUACAGAUUUUUAUUUUUGUUUUCAGUUUUUAAUUCACAUUUUAGAAUCAUAUUCUACCAGCAAAAGGGUGUGAGAUGUAAUCACUGUUCUUUGUCAGCUGAUAAUUGACGUAGUGAAUGUGUUUGAUUUGGCCAUCUCCUGUAAGCUUGUUUAUAAAAAUAUAUGGGCCUUGUGGUAUCUAAGUAUUACCACCAAUGUUUUUUAAAAAAAGUAAAAAUUUUCCUAAAACGCCUGCUCCCCUCUAGUCCAAUGCAAUUAAUCAGUGAGAUGUGUUAACCUCGGGCAAAGAUGGACUUGAGGAAGGGACUUGCUGUUUCUGGUGUUUAAUGUUAGCUGACCUCAGCACACCUGGAUUCGAUGUUUAGUUACUGCAGGGCAGUCGGGUGGGAUUUCCUUCCCUCCCGACCCCUUUCCCGUAAUCCUCCAGCAGUAGUGGAGAAGACAGCAGUGCCCCUACUACUGAACCAUCCCCAAAGCUCACAACAUGUUAAAAGCCAUGAAAAACAUAGAUAACCUGUAAAAUACUUACUGUUACACCACUGGCAUUUAAGGCAGCAAUGAAGGGCCUCCAUCUCUGGCUGUGUUCAGGGCUUCCUUCGUCGUGUCAGUAGCUUCCCCUCAGUUGACACUACUGUCAGUCACACAAGUCUUGGGUGGAGACUCAGGAAUACCGUCACACUCAGAUGUAGGAUGACUCUUCGUUGCUGUUUCCAUAACUAUUUUUUUGACCAGACAGGGUUGUUAGUCCUAGCUGAACCCGGAGGACUGAUGGACCACCCUUAGUCUGGCCUCUACCCUUUGACCUGUUAGGCUUGGGUGACCCUGUCUCCGGCCAACGUGGCUGUCCGGGUCACUGAGGCACAAACCCUAUGACAAGGUUGUGGUCCUCUUCGAGGCUGUAAAAUACAGCACCUUUAUAAUCCAAAGAGCUUCAUAACUAUUUUAAAAAUAAUUGUUAUCAAUAUGCAAGGCCUAAAUCCUUGGUCAGGAUGAUGUUGGGUGUGAAUCCAGGUUAUACGCAACGAGUUAUCAGUGUUAACUUUAGUACCUGGUGAUCACAUUUGAAACUUGUAUCAUGUCACUGCAUUAAGCAGUUUACCCGAUUGUCACUUCUUUCCCGAUGCAAUAUUCAAACGUUGAAUACAG